AUGCAUUCCGUAGCGAAUGUCGCUAUGCAGUGGGCACGCGAAAAGUAUACCCUAAGCGAGACUCUAAGAGAUGCUCGGAAACGCAUUGACGCUUUGCAGUACGCGUCAACAUCGAAGGACUUGAUGAUUAAUACUAUUGAGCAGACGCAACAUGAUUUGCAAGAGCACAUCCACGAACUUUAUGCUGAGCGUGAUACACUCAUGUGCUCGUUACAAGAAGCGCAUCAACGCAUUGUGCAGCUGGAGCAGCGAGACAUCUCAGUCGCUGAUGAGUUUACUGAAGAAGGCGGCGCGGAGAUCCAGUCUGAACUAGCUCACACAUAUGCAUGGAAGAUGCGUAUCUCUGAAUCCGAUGCUGUUUGGUAUGCAUUCAAACAUGAUUCGUCCGAAGCUCGAUGUGCUUGGUUAGAGAAGGCUUUGGCCCACACGCAAACCAUGCACAGUAAGGUGCUCAGUGCUUUAUUUACAGAAAAGUCGGCGCGCAAGGCCGAACAGACCCCGUCUUUGCAGGCCGAGCUGGACUCGGUCAAAAAGCGCGAAGAAAAACUUGAGGCUGAGAAUGCACAUUUGUCGCAGCAACUUGAUCUUGUCACUUGGUACAAAGACGCAUACAAUGCACGCACAGAACAGACGCAACUUCUUAAGUCCCUGCUUGAGAUGCAGUCGAAAGAGAGGCUGAGUCUUGAAGAAUCUCGAGAUCCUAACGCAAUAUCAAAUACACACACGGCAUGGGUCAGCCUGGAUAUGCGCAUCGAUUUAUUGAGGCAGGAACAGAAUGAACUUGAGGCUCGACGCCAUGGACUCGAGCGACAUGCGCGGCAGAUCGAUAAGCAUAUCUCUACAUAUCGGCAGUCGUCUAUGCAUCAGCGUCGCUCAUCUGACUCUGCCAUCUUGACUGGAUGCAUCUCAUAG